AUGCCUAAUAAGAAAACAUCCGUCAGUUGCAUCGAAAAUUUGCCGAAUGAAGUAUUUCAUGAAAUUUUCGAUUAUCAUGGUGGUUAUGAUAUGUAUGCAGCAUUUUCGAAUCUCAAUAAUCGUUUUAAAGAUCUUCUAAUUAGUUCAUCGCUUCUUUUGAACAUUCAAUUUUCUUCUGAAACGCAAUCAUUCAAUGAAUAUCGUUAUCAAAAAUUUAUCAUUCUAAACAAGGAUUAUAUUGUUUCACUUCAUUCUUAUAAUGAAUCUAUUUUCUGCAAAUUUUUGAAAAUAUAUACCAUUGACUCAUCAUUUACUCAUCUUAGAUCACUUGUUCUUAAGGAAAUUUCAACAUUUAAAUUAGCAACACUUCUCCUCUAUUUAAAACCGUUAUGUUGUCUUUUUUCAUUGACGAUUUGUCUUGAUCAAUGUUUUGAUGAUCUUGGCGAUAUUUAUCCAAUUAUUUUUCGUUUACCUUUCUUAAAAUAUGUUAAAUAA